GCAGUAGCAUCGUGAAUUGAAUGCGCGAUAUUGUAUGGUCACAGAGUUGUCUGUGACUUCAUGAGCAGCAGGGAGAAAACAGCAAAGGAAAACGCUAACCUUUAUCGGGGGAAAAGAUCUGAGAAAACACACACCACUGUAGCCAAGAGUGUUACGGAAUUCAAGUUUCCGUGGCUGCCCGGUGGAAAAGAAUGCCAUUAUAACUUUCAGCAAACAUUUUUUUCCUCAAACGUGAUUUUUUUUUUUUUUUUUUUACGUGGGAGGAGAAUGACUGUCCCAGCUGAGGACCCGUAAAAAUAUACUGGUGAUCUUUUUGUUGUUAGCUAACUAUUUAGCAUGCCAGCGUCGUUGCCUUUUAAACUAGCAUUGCCCACUUGCUAAAUUUAGUUUGGAAUAAUUCAAUCAGUUGCGAUUCUAUUUUAUCACACAUCAAGCUAGCUAGUUAUGUUCUGAGCUUUUAGCAUUGUGGUCCUCGUUAACAUUUUUAGCCACUUUUAAUUCAGUUAGCGUUAUUUACUUGCGCCAGCAUUAGUUAUCUAAAAUUAACCCACACUUUACCUGUUAUUUGCAUAGCUAGUGUUAUCAAAUUAUAGUAAUUUAGUUAUUUUCUUUACCGAUGCCAUACGAGUUUGUUUUACGCACUUGAAGUAUCUAGCUAACUGGCUACUUACCGAGCUAAUUUGGUAAUUAGCUACACUAGCUAGCGCGACCUGGUGUUCUGUGAACGAUGCACACUGGUCCUGGCGCUGCCUUUUCCAGUCUGCGAAAACAAUACUCUUGUUUUGAUAAGCCCCUUUGAACCACCCUAAGUGUGAUUUAUUAACGUAUGACUCUAGCUAGAAAGGUGUUCGGACAUUUUGUUUGGUAUUUAUUUUGCAUUAUUUUGAAUGCAUAUUUUAUUCGCCGGACAUAACGCUUUUCUUCUUGUUUUAGCGUGAGGCGCUGUCUGCCAGCUCCAUAGUUAGUGUAUGUGUCCGUUGCUUUUUUCCCUCUGUAUGUUUCUUAGGGCUACACAGCUAGCUUGCCAGUUGCUUAGUUAGCAGCAUUUAUUCGCUAGCUUACCGUGGUUAUUGACAUCGGCGAGCAGCACAAACCGUUUAUGAAUGUGGAACUGCUUUGGAAUUGUAUUUUUUAGGUUAACUAGCUGGCUGUAAUUAAUUACUAUCAGCCAGUGGCGUAUGAUUUGCGCUGGGGGUUUCAUUGUUAGCUAGCUAUCUGGCUAAUUGUGUGAAUUCGAUUGUGAGGAAAGGACCUAGGUUUCUUUGAAAGUAGCUAUGGAUGAUCAGACGCGAAUGCUGGCAGGUCUCGCCGGACUCGGCGGGUUAUCACAAGGCGACGUUGGCGACCCAGACUCUGUUAGAAAACAGCUCGGUCAACCGCAACAAGACAUUGGGGAUAUUCUACAACAGAUCAUGGCCAUCACAGACGAAAGCCUGGACGAGGCGCAGGCCAGAUGCUGGCCAGAGGAAUCGCCGGCGCACUGGGGCGGAUCAGAUGACCCUGCAGAGGGAGGGGAAGCUGGGGGGGGCACGGCAGGGGGUGGCCUGCCGCUCAACUUCCAGCACAGGAAACACGCCCUGAACUGUCACAGAAUGAAGCCCGCCCUCUUCAGCGUUCUGUGUGAGAUCAAAGAGAAGACGGUGCUGAGUAUCCGAGGCAUUCAGGAUGAGGACCCCCCAGACCCCCAGAUCAUGCGUCUGGACAACAUGCUGCUGGCCGAGGGCGUGUCUGGCCCAGAGAAGGGCGGGGGCUCAGCGGCGGCGGCGGCUGCAGCAGCGGCAGCAGGAGGGUCGCCCGGCGCCGACGGAGGCAUCGAACACUCAGACUACAGAGCCAAGCUGGCCCAGAUCAGACAGAUCUACCACUCUGAGCUGGAGAAAUAUGAACAGGCAUGCAGUGAGUUCACCAACCACGUGAUGAACCUCCUGAGGGAGCAGAGUCGCACGCGGCCCAUCUCUCCCAAGGAGAUCGAGCGCAUGGUGGCCAUCAUCCACCGCAAGUUCAGCUCCAUCCAGAUGCAGCUCAAACAGAGCACCUGCGAGGCCGUCAUGAUCCUACGCUCCAGAUUCCUCGACGCCAGGCGUAAGAGGCGUAACUUCAACAAGCAGGCUACAGAGGUUCUGAACGAGUACUUCUACUCCCACCUGUCCAAUCCCUACCCCAGUGAGGAGGCUAAAGAAGAGCUGGCCAAGAAGUGUGCCAUCACCGUCUCCCAGGUUUCUAAUUGGUUCGGCAACAAGAGAAUACGGUACAAGAAGAACAUUGGUAAGUUCCAGGAGGAAGCGAACCUCUACGCAGUUAAAACAGCGGUGGAUGCUGCCAGCGUGUCGGCGCAGGCUAGCCAGGCUAACUCUCCGGCGACACCCAACUCAGGGUCGUCAAGGUCAUACAGCUUGUCUCAUGCUGGCGACGCUGCUGCUGCCUACCUCGGCCUGCACCCCUUGAACCUCAACGGGGCUGGGGAGGCCGUCCUCAACAUCUCUCCCUCUCUGCAGCCCCAGGUGGAUACCCUGCACCGUGUUACACGCCUGACGGCAGGCUAUGAGGAGCUGACCACUAGCGCCCUCUACGCCCCACACCGCCUCGACACUAGCAACAGCUGGCAGGACAACACCCACCCCUCCUGUGUCACUUCUCCACCAGCCCCCCCUGGCAGUGUCCACUCUGACACCUCCAACUGAGACACCCCUCUUCCUCCACCCCAGAGACCUUUCUUUUGGGAUAUGCUCGGACUACCCACUUACACACACCCCCCCCAUCCUCCUUCCUGCCUACCUCUCCACUACCGGUCCGGACUGGGCAACCCAUGCCAGGCGCUGUGUAUACACACACAUACACACUCUCAAACACACACUUCUGUGGACUGUUAAGAUGGACAAGUGAACAGAAGACAUUUGCCUUCUACACUAGAGAAAUUCUGGAGGCUCGUUUUUGUCUUCAUAUUUAAUGAGGAGACUGACUAGCGCCUGAUCAUGACAUCAUAACCCCUCGCUGCCUCCAGGACCUUUGACCUUUGGGGAACUACUAACCCAACCUGGCUGUGUAGGGCAGGUGAUGAUCACUGUCUGUACAUUACCUGUGUAAAUGCUCAUGUCAACUCCACACAGUGUUCACAGCCUGUCCAUUACCUAUCCCUUGUGAGGUUCUGGUGUUGACGCGUGUGAUAGUGGUCACACACACACUCUGGCGAUACGGAUCACAAGACGAGCUCUGCUCACCUUGCUUGUACCAAAGUGAUGUCCUCUCUCCUCCUUCCCCCAACCUGAUAGUUUUCACCCCCCUUCUGUUCCUCUGAGAACCAACUGGUAACACAAAGACACCGCUGUUGUUUCUCCCAUCUUUUAGUAUUGAGCGAGUGCUUUAUAGGUCAGAUAUGCACACACCACCCACUUUUACAACCCCUCGUAUGGAACGUGGACACAGAUCUGUCAAGCACAAACUUUUGCACCUUUUUACAGGUGCCGUCUACCUGGUGACAGUAGCACUGGGGAGUUGAGCAGACAGUUGGCCUGAGGGCAGGACUGAAGAUGGAGUUGGGGAAUGAGCGAUCCUCUUUAGUCCUCCAGAGGUCGUUUCUAUUGCGUCCCCCUUCGGUUAGUCAUCAAAAGCUAUCGACUCUUUUGUAGGCGUUUACUUUCCUCUGUCAACUACUUUUAGUUGAUUGUAGCCUUUUUCUUUCUAAUGUUGUUUCACAAAGAAAUGCACCAGCCACCAAAUAAACAGUUUGUUUAUAGAACUUAAAUGUGGUGUUGGGACGGUGAAAUGGGUGGAAUGAAAUAUGUUUUGGGGCAGAGAUGGCUAUUUCAUUGGGGGGACAAAAUGUGACAUGAAAAUAUUUGUGACAGUCUUCCAAUGCAUGUAGGCUUUUUAGGUGUUCAGUGAUGGCUCUCAUUUAAAUAUUCAAGUUAUUUAGCUUCUUCACUUUUGUUUUCUCAAAGAUACAGACCAAAAAGGAGUAAUGCGUUAUGCUGUAUGUACAGAGUUUCUUAGACGUUUCAAUCGGGAUGGCUUAAUGAACACCGCCCAGCCUUGCUGUAUUCAUUAGGAACGGAACUGGCUGAAGCGGAGGGACUUACCUAAAUUUGUCCAACAAGAAAAAUAUAUAUAUUUUUUUUGUUGCCAUUGCUAAACAUUUUUGCUACGGUACAAAACAUUUCACUUUCGGUGUACACUAAUGAAUAGGACCCUGGGUUUAUACUCCACCAAAUGGUCUCUGGAUCAGAACUUUCCUGGGGGCGUGCACCGAAGUGCGUGAAGUCAGAGGUUAUGGAGUACAUUCAGCCUUUACAUUUUUUAAAAAUCAGUUAGUCUUUGGUAUAUUUAACAACUGUGGCCUCCCCACUAGCAGGGUAUUGUUCAGUAGGGCGAAAACAUUUUUAAACCGAGUGGUACGGGUAGAUGCUACUACCUGAACUUAUCCAAUAGGAAUGCGUGUUUUUGGUUGCAAACCGUUUUGCUACGUUGUGCCCUACUGAACAGGACUCGGGUGGAAGUCCCUGGUCCAGACAGGGCUUAAACUCUCAUCUACUCAUAAUAAUCUGUCUUGCUCACAGGCCACACUACAACUUUGCAUCGUACCAAAAAUACCAGUUAUCAAGAUGAUUAUAUUUCACACACACACAAGUUGGUGAAUAAAAAGUUUUCCGUUUUGGGGUAGAGGGAAUGGCCUCAUGUCGUUUAAGUUUGCGGUUCUAUGGGGGGGCUGUUUGUCUGUCACACCAGUGCUAAAGAAUUGAUUGUAUUGUUGCUGUGGAGACGACAGAGCAUCGUUGCCGUAGAGAGCACUUGUUCCAUGGGAAGGCAUGUUGUUUUCUCCCUUUACUCCAUCUCAGAAUCUGCUGGUAAAAAAUGGAUCCUAUUGGUUUAGCUCUAUGAUUUGGCCAAUCAGCAAGGGCUUUACUCUGUUAACUGUUACCAAAAAGGUACCACUGGUUUUAUUACGAUAAACAAGGUAGUCUUCAGUUUCUCUGAUUUCAUUUCCUUUUAUUUUCAUUCAGCUUAAAAUUGUUAUUUACAAUCAUACAUCAACUGUUAAGAGUACCGGGCAUUUUGAUAAAGGACAAACUAUAUAUUAAACAGAUAUACAUACAUCGUUACAGAGAACUCUUAUAUUGUAUUACCCAAAUUAGUGUCCUUGUUUACUGUUAUUAUAAACAUUUCAUAUAGCUUAUUAUAUCUUACCACUACUACACCAAAUUAGUCUUGUCUUUUUCUACCAGUCGUAAAUGGAUGUCACUGUACAGAUUGUGGAAUGUUCGUUUCUCUUUUUAUAAACCCUCUGCUUUAUUUUUGGGUGAGUUGCCUGAUUGUUUGGUCUUUAAUGUUCUCCUGAGGUUGGGGUCAAGUUCAUUAUUUUUUGAAUGAUUAUUUGCAUAUUUUAACUUGGUCUUUUUGUUAAUUUAGGUUAUGGGUAUUGUAGUUUUGUUUGGUACUGUGUGAAUUCCAAUUGGAACUUCUGUGAAACCGCAUUUUAGCAAUAACCGCUGAAUUAAUGCCAGCGCCAUUGUUGGCCAUCUUGCUAGCAUAUACCGUGAAUGCAUUUAAUCAGCCCUUACCUCAACUGGGGAACAAAGUCUCUUUCUCUCACAUUUUUAGAAAUCCCUUAUCCAUUUAACUUCGGCCAUUUUGUCUGGAUUGACCCUAUUUUAUUUUUUAUAUUUUGUUUUCUCCCAGUAUUUUAUACUAACGAUACAGUUAAACGUAAAAAUGGAGCUAUUCCUAUACAGGUUGAGCCAAUAGUGAGUCACCUACUGUAGGAUUCUACCACAGAAUAUUCUAUCUGCGACCGUAGAAUUCCACAGCACCAAAUCAAACGAUACAUUAAACCCUUUUAAUGUGUCACUUUGUUUUGUUAGUAUCUUUGUAUAUUGCUCCCUCUUCUUUGUCCCCUUGUAUUUUAAAUACCCCCUCUCGUCUCUACCUCUGUCUCUUGUAUAUAAAACCCCACUGUUUCAAGACCUGCGAGUCUGUACGAACUUAUUUUAUACCUCAACUUUAGAAUUGUUCUAGAACGAGUAAAAAGAAUGACAAGUUGUAGUGUUCCUUAUUAGAUGAAAAAAAAUGAAUAAAAUUGUGCUUUUCAUUA